AUGCUGGCCAGUCGUGUCCCGAGUCCACGAGAAGCUGCGAGCUGCCGGCGGUUCCCGCCUCACCCGGAGGCCCGCGGCAGAGCAGCCAUUCCGAGUCAGACGCCCACGACGAGCUCCUGAAGAGCGGCCGGCCGCCAGCCUACUCGUCCCCGGACCUGGGCAUCGAGUCCGACUGCCAGCAGUGCUCGUCCCACACCUCCGGCACCGUGCGGUCUCAGCCAACGGAUGCAGAGCUGACCCCACUGCCGUCGGAGGGCGAGACGGCGCACGCCGCCGCCGCCGACCCCGUGCCCUCGCAGCUGGCGGCGACGCGGGCCGCGCUGCAGCAGACGCUGGCGCGGCUGGGUCGCGCCGAGCGGGCCAAGGCGGCCGUCGAGAGCGCCGUUAGCCGGCAGCUGGGCCGCACGCAGCAGCUGCUGGGCCGGGCGCGCGGCAGUCUGGCACAGCGGCCGGCGGAGGGUCGCGCUCACACCGCCCUCUGACCAGCCGGCAGACGCGGCGCGUGGACCCGGCUGUGAUG